UGGAGCCCGUACUGCGUUUCCGCGCUGUCAUUGUUUCCGUUUCCACCUCCGAGAAGCCUCACGCCUCCACAUCUCAUUUUUUUGUUUUGCCCUGAAUCCGUAAAGUUACGUGAGGUUCGGGCUAUCUGAAGUUUGAGGAGAGUUAAAAAUCUUUUCAACAAUGGGGGACAUCGAGGCUCCCAGCUCGAAUCAGCCGCGCCAGACUCUCCUACUCUCUGUUCUUCCGAGCAAAGAGUUCGUCUCCUCAAGGAAAGGCAUGCUGCUUAUUGCUGAAGUGGCUCUGUCCUUCGUAUCGUUUGUGUGUUUUGCGGCAUCCUGGGCAGCAGCCUUUGUGACAGUUCCCCUGCUGGAGUUCCUGGCUGCUCUCUUCUUGUUGUUCGCUUACUCCACCAAAUUCAAUGAGAGGUUUAAAGGCUUUCUGUGGCCUCUUAUGGAUUUCAUGAGAUGUGUGACUGCCUCCAUUAUCUUUUUCAUUAUCUCCAUAAUUGCAGUGUCCAAAUAUGGGGAUGGUUCCUCUAAGGCUGCUGGGGUAUUUGGGUUCAUUGCCACUAUUGUUUUCGCUUUAGAUUUUUACCUCAUUUUUAAUGAGCUGGCCAAUUUCCUAAAGCAAGGAGGGGAGUCUAAUGACGAGCCAUCAAGACAGCAAGAUCAUUCUUCAGACUCUGAUUCGGACUGAGACCACAGGGAAAUCUUCACCAGCAGACAUGUUAUAUUAGACAAAGCAAACCGUUGCAGAAGAAAUGGCCAUCUGCAAAGAUCGGCAAGUGUUUCAAUAUGUCACAUGGAUGAAGAAGGAGGAGGAUCCAGAUCCUCUUCAGUCAUCCUCUCUGAAUAGAAUUCUUUUGUUGAGUAACCACAGGUGAAAAUGUAUUUCACAUUGAAGAGACUUUCAUGUCUAAAAACAGUCGAAGGUAAAUCACUAAUUUACUGGUCAUUACAAGUAGUUUAUAAAAUAAUUUUAAAAAUGCUAUUUUUCAUGCCCAAACCCAUAUCCAGUGUCUUCAAUGAUUUGGGGAAAAUAUAAAUGUCAUUGUUAACCUGAUGUUUCAAUUAUCAUAAAGCUGUGAAAUAGUUUGAUCGCAGUAUGCAGAGUCCUUAGAAGCUGUUAGUACAAUCUACAUGUAGGAGCACAUGUCUGAAUCUGAAUUUAUGCCUAAUACUGACUUUUUGGCAUGAAUCUGACGCAUAUUAAACUACAACACUAAAUGAAUGUCCUUAGUGAAUACAUGUUUAGGAGUACUAAGUUGCAUUUUAACAAAGAUGUUUCAACAUUUUUAAAUGGAAGCGCUACAUAAAAAAUGAAAAGACGGGAGGCAUAUGUUUGUGGGGCAUCAUCCUCACUUAUAAAUUCACAGUAUUACUAUAAAAAACAUAUGUACAGUAUAUAGAAGAACAGAUUGGUUGCAGGUUGGCUGGAUACAACCUCUGUGCAAUUGUCAUAACUCUACAAGAGUGUAUUUUUUUUAUUUGAGGAUAAUGUUUGCUUAUCGUAUCUUCCUUUAAAUUCCACUUUUGGAUCAACAGAGUUCCUGUGGUGUGCUAUACUGCAUGCCAAACUGUUCUGGCUUGAUACAUUGUUUAUAUGUGCGAAAAUGUUUACCUAGAUGUAAGCAACAGAAAUGGUGAUACAUUUUCAAACCUAUUCAAUUAACCAAAGUUUGACAGACUCUCUACUCUUAUGUUUCAGUUUGUGUACUGUACUUGCUUCUUACAACCUGUGUAUGUGUGAAUAACACUGCAUCGAAGCCACUUAAUGCUUACUGAAUCUUGAAAAUCACUGUUUCUUAUUUUGGCUGUCCAUUCACAUUGUUUGUUUUUGCCAAUUCUGCAUGUAUGUUUGAUUCUUCAGUUCUUCCAUUGCCACUACUGAGAAAUUAGACGCACUAGAACGCCACAGUGACUGUUUAUGUAGUAAACACUGCACAACGUGAGUGUUACAACAGCACUGUGAAUUGAAUGGAUGUAAAUUGCCAUCUCUAAUUUCCAUGUGGAAAGCAGUUUAUUAAAAUAAUAGUUAAGAAAAUA